CUUGGAUCCAAUCUGUCUAUAGUAACAAAAGCGUGCGUACAUACAAAUCAUGUCAACAAAGAGCAACGAUGAAGAUUCACCAGUUCUGGUUUCUCUUUUUCAAGAACUGGAACAAAAACAGUUUCAAGGAGAAGCGAACAUAUUAUACUGUGUAAUACUAGUUGGGAAGAUUUCACCACACCUAACUAAAAAUGAAGUUGGAAGAUUCUUCGAAAAAAUUUCGUCUAACUUCGCGCCACCGGAUCAUAUUACAGGUCUCCUAAUGGUUUAUCCUUAUCACGUGAUACAUAUUAUUGAGUCAAGUUUUAGAAGUUUGAUUAAAUUUCUCCGCCUAAUUUCCAAGUCUGAAGAAGUCAUAGAAUCUUACAUUAGUUUCCAUUCAGAACAAAUGAAUGUGGAUCAACAUCAUACUCAAGACCACCACCAUCUCAGCGAGAUUGAUGAAGCAACCAUUCGAGAAAUGUACAGAAAAAACUCUUUGGCUCCAACAAUUCAUAAUCGUAUAUUGUGUGUAAUGGAUAAUGUUAUUCACCGUAUAUAUCGCACAUACGAACUGUUGGUGUUUGAUAUGGAACCAACAGUCAUAUCAGACUAUGAAUCAAAUGAAACCGAUGAAAAAAAGUUACUUGACUUACUAAGUCAAGUGAAUAAAUUAAGUGUACAUCUAGCAGAAGAAUCCAUGCGAGGGCAAGAAGAAUACGUUCCUGAAGUUUUUAAACGGAAGCUAACCGAAAUAUUGAAUAAUAUCCGUCAAGUACGUCCAGAGCUGAUUCCACAACAAGUAGCCGUUGGGUAUUUUGCGGACAUAUCGCCUUAUGAAGGAAUAAUACCAUUAAGAGAAUACAUGAGGCUCUACGAUAUUCCAUAUGAAGCAUCAUCACAAUCGGAGCUUACGUGGCCAGUCGAAAAGAAUUCUUUCAUCUACAACUAAGAAUUCUACAAAACAAAACCUUUAUAUCAAUCAAAAAUUAGACUUUCUGACAGCGUCGUACCGAAAAUUCUGGUUACUUACUACCUGAGUAGUUUAUUUAUAAAAGACAGGACAAUUAUAAAACCGCAAUAAACAGGAAGCUGAUAUAACAGUCUAUUGUAGAAAACUCUUUGUUCUAAAUAAAGUUGAACCAACUUAAGUAAUAAUAGC